AUGAUCCAAUUAUAAAUCCAUUACAAAGUUGAAUUUGAAUAAGCUUUAUAUAUUUCAGGGAAAUCAAAAUAUUUAGGACAAUGGAAUCCUGAGCAAGCAAUUCGAAUGACUUGGACUUAGAAUGAUAUUUGGGUAACAGAGGUAGCUUAUCAUAGUCUGGAAUAUAAAUAUUUUAUUUCUCAGUAUGAUAAGGUUGAAAAUAUACACUGGGAGUCAGGUCCCAACAGAGUAACUAAUAAACAUUCAAUUGAUGUCUGGAACCACAGGAGAAUAUGUUUUCAAUGUCUAAAUCCAAAGAAUUUCUAAAUCUAUAUUGCUGGAUCCUAAACUUCGAUGGGUCAAUUUUAGAGAAGAGUUCAAAUGAAAAUUAAGGAUGGAAUAUCAUAGUAGAAAUUUCUUAUUAAUGUUGAUGACUCUUAAAUUCAAUAUCAAUAUCAUAUUGUUGACAAAUGUGAGUUUUCCAGUCCAAUUUAUAAUGUGGAUAUAAAUAGCUAAUAAUAAUACUAUAAAGAUGCUCUACUCAUUUUCUCUGAUGAACUUACAAAUCUAAAACAGAUGGUAUUUUAGCUUAAUAAAAAUAUUUGUUAUGGUUAUGUCCCUAAUGAAUAAAAUGAUUAUUAAGUCUUAAAGAAAGCUAACUUAAGAACAGUUAUAGAAUUUUGUAAUAUGAAGGAACAGAGUCUACUUGAAUAAAAAACAAAAAGUGAGGAAAUGAUACAUUUGAUUAUCAAUCUUUACCAUUUCAAAUAGGAAAGCUUUGCUUAAAGUCUUCUUUAAUUAAUUCAAGUCCUAAUUCAAAAGUAUUAAUUACUUUAUAUAUGCAACAAUUCUCUUACUCACUUGAGGAAAUACUUAUCCGCCUAUGAAUAACUCUCUUUUAAUCACUAGAAAUGA